AUGAUUGUUCUCGUUUUAAACAUGGUACUCGUAGCAUUAGUAACGUCGAUGGAAAAUUAUCAAAGGGAUCCAGUAGCGGAUCAAAUUGUAAUUUUCAAGGAGAAAACUGAGGGUCCCAUAGGUGUGUUAACGACGAAAGCUGGUGCACCUGUUCCAUAUGAUGAAGCUUCAAAUACGCUAAAUACCGAAUUAUUAGAUAAUGAAUUUUUAAUGGACGUUUUUGAUGCAAUAUCGCGAGAGAGAAUUCCGGAACGUAUGGUUCAUGCGCAAGGCACCGGAGCAUUCGGUUAUUUUCAAGUAACACACGAUAUCUCACAUAUCUGUAAAGCUGACUUUUUAAAGAAAGUAGGAAUGAAGACACCAGUUGCAGUAAGAUUUUCAGCAUCUUCAGGAUUACGAGGGACUACCGAGUUUGAAUCGGAUUCUCGUGGAUUUGCAGUGAAGUUUUAUACUCGAGAAGGAAAUUUAGAUUUACUUGGAUUUAACACUCCAAUGUAUUUCUAUAAUGAACCACUUCAUGUCAUUCCUGUUGCUCAUACACCAAAAAGAAACCCAGUGACGAACGUUUUGGAUCCUAACAUGUCAUGGGACUUUUAUACUUCAAUUCCUGAGGCAUUACACAUUCAUAUAUUAUCAUUGGCUGGUCGCGGCCUUCCGGCUAGUUACCAGAAUAUGCCUGGCUUUCCAAUUCAUACAUAUCAGGUUGAAAAUAGACACGGGGAAUGUCAUUUUUGUCGAUUUCAUAUUAUGCCAGAUGCUGGAAUAAAAAAUUUAAAGGCAGAGGAAGCUAGAAAUUUUGCCGUUUUUGACCCUGAUAGAUUAACAAAAGAAUUAUUUCGAGCAAUCGAGAAUGGUAGUUUUCCUUCUUGGACAGUCAGUGUACAGAUCUUAACCAAAGACGACAUAAAAAAAAUUGGACCUAAAGCUUUUGAUGUAACAAGAACUAUUUCACUAUCAGACUAUCCUUUACAUAAAUGUGGAAAAAUAGUUUUAAACAGAAAUGCUAAGAACUUCUUCGCAGAAAUAGAACAGAUGGCCUUUUGUCCAGGUAACCUGGUACCUGGUAUACUAGGAAGUCCAGAUAAAUUAUUUCAAGCGCGGCGACUGGUUUAUAGAGAAACCCAAUUAUACCGCUUAGGAGGAAAUUUUAAGAAAAUUCCAGUGAAUUGCCCAUUCCAAACCAAGGUUUAUACUUAUAAUAGAGACGGUGUCCCUCCAGUGGGAGAUAAUGAAAAAGACGCCCCGAACUACUAUCCUAAUUCAUUUCACGGUCCUGUACCCUAUAUGGCACAGAAAAGUUCACGUCUAAUCAAAAUUGUAGAAGAAAGAGCAUCUAACUUUGACCAAGUUGCAGAGUUAUACAAAAACGAACUGACAACUGACGAACGAAUUGAAUUAAUCGACAACAUAGUUUUUUCGUUGGGAUCAGUGACUUAUAAACCUCUUCAAGACAAAGCCAUUAAAAUCUUUACAACUAUACACAAAGAUUUAGGCUUUCGUGUAGCAAGGGGAUUGAACAUCACUAUAUAUAACAAAUCUUAA